AUGGUGUUCGGAUUCAUUCUGCACUCGUUAGACAAGGAGAAGGAGCCUUUCGUAUGCCUGUCCGUGUUCUACAACAAGGAGGGAAACGACAACAGGAAGAAGGAACGGGAACAGCACAUUACGAAGCGAAAAGCAGAGCGAGUAGAAGGCGUACUACGACUGGGUACGGAGGUGGGCUUGUUUGCCGAGCCCAAGGUGGUGUUGUGGAAGCAAGUGCAGAAAGUGGCGCUGGUGGCGGUAUGCGAGGUGGACGAGAAUCAGUACCUGGCCGCCAACUUCCUUACCCACUACGCGGCCAUGCUCGUUGAGCAGUUCAAGAGCCCCAGCAUUCUGGCCAAGCCGAAGGAGCUUCUCAACAGGCCAGAGGAGAUGCUGAUGCUCCUGCACACAUUUCUACCCAACGGCCAGCUCCUCUUCACCAGUGAUCAGUACGCCAAGCACCUGCGACGCGAGUUUGACGAAUCCCUGUUGGCCUAA